AGUCAGCAGUUGGUCUCGAGUCGGCCGCAAGAAUAGUCGCGCGCAAGUGUUGGAGCAUCUUUUAGGUCUCCUUUUAAUCCCAUUUAUUUUCGCGUGUCGCCUACCAUCCAAAAAUAAUAACGUGCUCUUUCGUCAAAAUUCGCUAACAAUCGUGGAAAAACAAUGUGACAGUUCUUUUCAUCAUUGCCGGUUGUUAUCAGUUAUCAAGUUUUUUCGCUCCAUUUUGGAAGCCAAUGUAUUAUUCACCACUACGUUUAUAUCAUGCUCGUCUUGCAUCGGGAAUUUUCCGUCGAUGUACUUACACAUAAUGCAUCAUUAGCGGAUAACGGCAACGAUGACUUGGAAAAACAAACUUAUAAAUUAUAAAGACCCUGAAUAAUUGAUUAACCUUUAACUUUUAACUGUUGAUCAGUGCAGAAUCAGAUCGGUUACCAGAAGUAUAUACCCCUUCUUGUCCUCCCUUUCGCUUUGAGGAUAAGAACAAGUGAUGUGUGACGGAAAGAGGUGAAGUGAAUAUUUGCUAACAUACGUGAAUUUAAUAGGUCAUUCGUCAAUUUAUCUAUUCAUGCAUUGUUUAAUUAUUGUGAAAUUAGUGAAUGGAAAUGGUCCAUUUUGGUGACCGUGAGGUUAUUUGAACAAUUUGGUGCUUAGUGUGCGCGGACGCGCGCCGUGGCGCGCGCCCGAUUCCUUACUACCAUCAAAGGAAGAUACACUUCCCGGCAGUAUGUUGCUGCAAUUACGAAUGUCAUAAUUCUUGUCAUCAUUAACAGCAUCUUAUGCCCUGCGAUGCAAAGGACAAUCCCUUAUGGAUAUCGUUUAAUUUUUCAAACAUGCUAUUAGUUUGAGAACAAGUCUUAUGAAUUUAUUUAAGACUACCUUACUCCUGUAUAAUUUGUGUCAGUCCCAGUACUUCGGAGUAGCCAGAAAAUAUUUUACAUAUUUUCGGCAUUGAGUAGCAGCAGUUGAACCUUUCAUAACUUGUACAAGAAAAAAACAUAUACUAAUACAUCUCAUCUUUAUAAAGUUACUAGAUGUAUAUAGAGUGAGAGGAGAAGUAGCGGAAUUAGAAGAGAAAGCGGUGGAAAGGGUUGGCCAGGCUAAAGAAGGGUGUCAAAAAAGGAAGUCAGGGUGGUUCGUGGGGGGUCAGGAGGUGCGGACGCCCUGGCGACCGCCGGGGUGGUGUAUCCGCCCGCGACGGCGAGCCUGUUCCCUGGUCGCAUACCAGCGGGACAUCAUCACCCCGAGCUCACCGGCACGUUGGAGCUGGGGUUCCCACCCCGUGGCACCACCGCCUCGAUGGCGUUGGUCGCCCCGCCACCCUCGUGGACACCGCGGGACCCUGGAUCCACGAGUAUAGUCGGCGGUGGUGGUAAUCCAAACAGUAAUCAAGGUGGUCCCGGUGGUAAUAAUUCUGGUGGUCCAUUACAAGUAUGCCCACCACCAAUGCCCCCAACUCAUCUCACACCAUCGGCAACGCCUGAGGAUAUAACCUGUCUGGUGCCUGUGGGUGGUGUAUUAACACCACGGGAUCCCCUACCUCCCAGCACGACCCCCGGUAGUCAGGCUAAUAGCUCACAAUCAGGCAGCUCCCAGACGGACAAAUCGCCAAAUAUCGAGUGUGUCGUUUGUGGUGACAAGAGCAGCGGCAAACAUUAUGGACAAUUUACCUGCGAAGGAUGCAAGAGUUUCUUUAAAAGAAGUGUGAGGCGGAACUUAACAUACUCAUGUCGGGGGAAUCGAAACUGUCCGAUCGAUCAACACCAUCGCAACCAGUGCCAAUUUUGCAGACUCAAAAAAUGCCUGAAGAUGGGUAUGCGCCGGGAAGGUAUGCAUUCGGUUCAGAGGGGCAGAGUACCACCGUCCCAGCCCUCUAUGUCGGGCCUACCGGGACAGUUCACACUGGCGAAUGGUGAUGCUGUUGCUUGUGCUAGUUUAAAUGGCCAUUCAUAUCUUUCUUCAUAUAUAAGCCUUCUGCUACGUGCUGAGCCCUAUCCGACAACCAGAUAUGGUCAGUGUAUGCAACCAAAUAACAUCAUGGGUAUUGACAAUAUCUGUGAACUGGCAGCUAGACUGCUUUUUUCUGCCGUGGAAUGGGCAAGAGGUAUACCAUUUUUUCCUGAUCUCACAGUCACUGACCAAGUGGCACUACUCAGGUUAGUCUGGAGUGAAUUAUUCGUCCUAAAUGCAAGUCAGUGCUCAAUGCCCCUACAUGUUGCACCACUACUCGCUGCAGCUGGCCUUCAUGCUUCACCAAUGGCUGCUGAUCGAGUCGUUGCUUUUAUGGAUCACAUAAGGAUUUUCCAAGAACAGGUGGAGAAGCUGAAAGCACUUCACGUGGAUUCCGCUGAGUACAGUUGUCUCAAAGCCAUCGUUCUCUUCACUACUGAUGCUUGUGGUCUAUCAGAUGUAGCGCACAUUGAAUCACUACAAGAAAAAUCCCAAUGCGCCCUGGAAGAAUACUGCAGAACACAAUAUCCGAAUCAGCCGACAAGGUUUGGUAAGCUCUUGCUGCGGUUGCCAUCACUGAGGACUGUGUCGUCACAAGUAAUUGAGCAAUUAUUUUUCGUACGGCUUGUCGGAAAAACGCCCAUUGAGACACUCAUUAGAGACAUGUUGUUGAGUGGUAGCAGCUUCAACUGGCCCUACAUGUCAACAAUGUGACACUCCGUAUGGCGGCAGCUAGCUUCCGCGUAAAUUUAAUUAAAUUCCCAGAUUAUUAGGCUUUGUAAAUUCUUAUAAAAGUAGAAAAAAACAGCGGAUGGAUUAGCACUGAGAAGAAAAGCCAAUGGGCUAACUUUUCCGAACUUCAAAGCCAUAAGCCUCAAUCUCUGAUAAGUCAGUAAAAGUCGUGGUGUAGUUAAAAAAAGACGAGGAAGGACAUGAACAUAAUGGAGAUUCCAAGUCAUGUGGUAUCCGAAUGGUUAAAAAAUAAUAUAAAUAUGAGAUACUGUUCGGAUUAUAAACCGUUUUCGAAAGCAUAAAAGUGUACAAUACUGUAUAUAAUAUGCGGCAAUGUUACGGUCUAAUUACGUAAUGAACCAGCAAUUAAAAAAAAUGAAAAUGAGAACUGCACAUUCUAAUACGUUGAUUUUCUAAAAUGAAACGACUAAUUAUGAUGAAAUAAUUUCCAAGGUUUUAAGACUUCUUAUGAAGAUGUCGUUUAGAGUGCGAAUCAGCGAGGAGGCUGUCACUGAUAUUUCAAGGAUAAUGUGACGUCCACCUCACGCCUGGAACGCAAUUGCUCAGAUCAAUUGAAGAAAACUAUUUGAUUGAUAAGAACAUAUGCAGAAUCAAAACUGACCACAGAAAAAGAAGAAUUUAUGGUAAUCUCGUCAAUUUGAUUGAAAAUAAAAAUUGAAGAACGUCUCUUAUCCCAAAGUGUUCCUGUACUUCGUACUUUUCAAUUCUCGGACUUUUCAUGUACCUAUGUAACAUAACGUAGAAAUGUAUAAAUAUCAAAUAAAAAUACUUGUGUAAUGUGAACAUUCUUCUGUAUAAAUGCUGUAAAUAGAGAAUAUAGUGUGAAUAAUACAUGCAUGUAUAAAAUACACAAACAAUUUGCGCAUAUAUAUAUACGCAUAUAUUAUAAAAAUCAAUAUUAUAGAGAGGAUAUAUAUGUAUACAUAUUAUGAGUGAAAUGGAGGAAAGGUGAUGUGCGCGUAUAUAUCUUUUUUGUUACUUUUUUUUAUGACAUGCACGUCAGAGUGAAAUAAUUUUUCAUACGACGAAAAUCUGGGGUUGAAUUCUGAAUUUACAAAAUAGAUACUAUACACUACAAAUUGCUAAAAGUUGCUAAACCUGAUAGUACACAAUUGAGAGGAUGAACAACAAUGAUAGGUUUUAGGUACCGAGGAAUGAUGUAUUUACAGAUGAAGACUAUUGCGUACACAAUAACGGCACGACUGGUGUUUUUUCAAGAAAAAGACAUAGAAGGUUAAAUAAAUAAAAUUACAUUGAGAUGCAGUAAA